AUGAAUGUUUCUAUUAAUACCACAAUUAUCCCUGAAAUUGAACGUACAUUCGAUAAACUACUAACCAAGUUGGAAGAAAAUGAACCGGAGCUCGCCUCUUCCCAGGAAGACGAGGUGUAUAUAAACCCGGAGUAUUUUGUGAAGAGAUCAGUUAAAUUUGUUGAAAUGAACGGAUUCUUAGUUAUCUGCCUUUUGGGGUGUGCAGUUUUGGCGGCAGCCCAAAAUCCUGAUCAAGGACCACCAAGACCUGGAAUGGCUCCACCACCUCCACCUCCAGGAGGUAUGCCAGGUGGCGCUGGAAGUGGUGGAAUGAGCGGCGGAUUUAGUGCUCAAGCUGGAGGACAAGCCAGUGGACUUGGAGGUUCUGAUUCAAACAAUGAACGUCAAAAGCGAAGUGCUUCUGAUGUUGGGGCUGAAAAUUUUUUUGUUGAGAUUGAUGAGAAACUUUUUCCAAAUGGAGUUGUGAACGGAGGUGCAAGAGGGCGUCGCUCUCCACAAGGACGCCAGGGACCUAAACCAGAACCUCCCAAAUUCAGCAAUUUUUGA